UUUUCAGGGUAUGAUUUUGAAGGAAGAGCAGCCUUGAACGUCAAACGUUUCACCAGUCACCACCGCCACCGCAAAGAUGAACUACAUCAGCUGCUACCACUUCCGUCGUCGUAGCCGUCGUCAGUUACCGGUGUAGUGACUGACGCGCAUUGUGUGUGGAAGCCCUCCCACCGCCCGAGCCGGUGCGGUGCGUUGUCGUUAGGACGGAGAACUUACAUAACUUGAUUAUCUUCCCGGUCGUCGUGCGUUGGGUCGAGUCGGGAUCACCGCCCAGUAUCGCAUGACGCGCGUAGGACAUCGCAUCGACAACAAGUGCGUGUGUUUGUUCAGCGGGAGAGUGCGGUGUCCUGCUGCUGUCGUGAAUAAAAACGUUUCGUGCUUUCGUGCAUGCGUGCGUGCGUGCAUAAAAUGACCGUAUUGUGUGGCGUGGGUGGUGCUUUUACGCACGUGUGUUGAUCAAACAAGUGAAGCGAAAAAAAACUGGAUCAAUAUUUAAUGCGCGGGAGCUCAGUUUGUGUUUAAUUAAACAUCCACCAACAGAUCGCAACGUGAAUGAAAUGUGUAGUACAGCUACCAGUGCUCAAUGCAACCACUUAGCACAACUUCCCCGUUACGAACCCAAUUUCCGGCGCCUUCUGCGGGGCACCGGCUCUCAGCAGGAGAUGUGGCUGAUACCUUCGACGACGGGCAAUAAGCGCGAAACGUACGGAUAAGAAGCGAAGCUGUUAAUAUCCCAACACAGAAAUAGUUGCCCCGUGCUAGUCAGUGGUGCAGUAGUGUCUGUCUCUAGUCCUCCUAAGUGUAGUGUGUCGUCGUCAGGUUGUACCGUCGCCGGAGGUCCCGACGACGACGACGACGACGGCAAGUGAUUAUUAGCAAACGACUGCGGCGACAACGGCAGCGGGAGGCCGACCUUACGUGACGCUGCUGUUGUUGUACUCAACAGUUCUGUGGUAAUACCACGAAGACAGUGUAGUGCAGUGUAGUGUGGGUGAAAAUGUCGGCAGAAGAUCCGACCGAAGUGAAUCACGUGGAACGAAGCGUUGCUGUGGCUAGUGGCGGCGGCAGCAAUGGCGUCGACGUCGUCGUCAGUGACAAUCAUUGCCACAGCAGCAAAAACGGCGGCGGCGACGACGACGGCGAUGCUGCGGCAGGAAAAUCGGCGACAACGCCGUCGUCACCCCCACCCCAACCGGCGACGACAUCGUCAUCGCCUUCAAUGGCUGCCCGCCAAGAAUCCCCGCUCAACAACAACAAUAACAACCGUACUAACGGCGCCGACAUAAUCGGUGACAACUGUUGUGCCGGUAUACCGAAGCUGUCCUCGCAGUGUGAAAAUGGUGAAGCAAGUGAAGUUAAUUACGGCUUAAUUGGCGCCAAUUCUAGACCCUCCACCGGUGGAGGCAGUGUCAGUGUUUGCUCCGGAACGGCCGUCACCGCCGAAGAUCCCAACCUGCUGUCGCCGAACAACUCCCAGCGGUCCAGCAUGAGCCAGUCGCAGUCGCCGACGCACCACCUGCAACCACCGGGCUGUUCCCCGGAAGAGUUGGACGAGGUGGGCACGUUCUUCGACGAACACGCGGCCGCCAUCGAGCGGUGGUUCCGGGAACGGGCCCCACCCGAAGUAAUCGCCAAGCUGCAGUCAAUUACCGGCGGUGGCGACGUGUGCAAAUCGACACCCCGGUCGCCGCACCGGGCUUCCGUCACGUCGGAUUUGUUCCAGCAGUGGUUGGCGUCGUCCCCGGUUAAGGUUUCACCAGUCACCACCGCCACCGCAAAGAUGAACUACAUCAGCUGCUAGCACUUCCGUCGUCGUAGUCGUCGUCAGUUACCAGAGUAGUGACUGACGCGCAUUGUGAAGACCCUCCCACCUCCCACCACCCGCGCCGGUGUGGGGCGGUGCGUUGUCGUAAGGACGGGGAACUUACAUAACUUGAUUAUCUUCCCGGUCGGCGUGCGUCGGGUCGAGUCGGGAUCACCGCCCGGUCCUGGGACCGGUAUCGCAUGACGCGCGUAGGACAUCGCAUCGACAACAAGUGCGUCUGUUUGUUCAGCGGGAGAGCGCGGUGUCCUGCUGCUGUCGUGAAUAAAAACGUUCCGUGCUUUCGUGCAUGCGUGCGUGCGUGCAUAAAAUGACCGUAUUGGGUGGCGUGGGUGGUGCUUUUACGCACGUGUGUUGAUCAAACAAGUGAAGCGAAAAAAAAAAGCUGGAUCAAUAUUUAAUGCGCGGGAGCUCCAGUUUGUGUUUAAUUAAAGUCAUUAUGCGAUAGUGGAAUAGCUUGCAAGGACAGAGUUUUUUUUUUUGUAUUAUCAUUGUGUAUUUUAACUUAAGCUAAUUCCACACUUUGCAAGGACAGAGGUUUUCAGCAGUUAAUUUGGUUACGGUACAUCCUCACUGCAAAAGAACCUGUUUCUCAGCUCAAUAGUCUUUGAGCUAAUCCACAGAUACUACUUCAGAGCUUCUUUUCGCUCAAUAACCAUUUCCGCAUUCGUAUAUCAUGUGGCAGAUACGAAAAUUCUGUGUUUCCAAGGCAGAUUAGGAUAAACUCUUGAUGAAAAGAUCUUGAACCGAACGGAAAUCGAGCUGUACUGAAUCGUUGUUUGAAAUGGCCUGAAAGUAGGCAAUCAUAUUUAAACUACGUUGAAUGAGCAUGUCUUACGUUUGAGUACCACAAAUGUUCUACUAAUGGUUUUAGCAAUAAUCUAGAGAUUCCGGAAAAAAAACUAGCAGUUUCACUGGGAGUUUCUCUAGGAGCUCCACCGGAUUUUUUUUUCAUGAGUUUCACUGUAAGUUAGUGCUUAAAUUUGAGUGAAUAUGCGGAAAUUUAAAAAUUUGGAUCCCGGUGCGGAUAUAACGCGUAGUGAUCUAUCCCCGCGUAGAGGAAAACUUGCACAGUAUGCGUUGAUUUGACUUAGGUAUGCUUCGCGAAGAUUGAUUGUUUAUGUGCUGCUGUCUACGUGUCGGAAUCGAUCUGGAUUUGGGGUUUCAGAUUCCAAAGCUUAUAUCCCCACAUCUUGCAGCAUUUGCAGCCGUUUCCGUAGUAGGAUAGCAUCGUGUAUCGUUUAGAUCGUGUGCUGGCCAUGUUUAUUAAACCUACCAGGAUUCGUCAGUUAGAUGUUUUUGGAAAGUCUUUCAGUUCUCUACAAUGUCACAUUUUCUAAUUAGCUACGUAGGGAUUUGCCGUAAGAGAAAAGAAACAUUCCUUCUCAAUGCACACCAUUUUAGUAGUCAAAUGCUUUUGUAUCAUUCAAUAUGUUUCGGCUACUUCCGCCCCCAACCUCCUCCAUUACCUUGAAUAAAAUGUUGUACACUGAAUAUCUGGGAAGAAGUUAGCUCAUAAUACGAAUUUAUCUGACCGUGACCCGCAUUGACCCACAUUCUAGUCGGAUGAUUCCCAAUAUAAAUCAGUUUGGUCAUAUGCGCAUUUUUCCUGGGCAUUUCAGGUGGGAAAUAAUCACAAGUACGACCAGAUCUCAUUGUGUCAAAAAACAAAACAAAACUUUUUGGCCAUAGGCACCUAUGAUCGUUGUUUAGGAAAAUAUUGCGCGCAAACCCCAAAAUUUCAUUCCCACCUUUGGGUUUCCGCGCCGAAGACCCAGCGCCAGAUUCGGCGACAAAGAAAACUGACAGCAGUCGCCGGACAGUUGGCAAUCCUGAUAUUUGACGGCGGCCGCCCGGUAGUCAUGGGAGUGGAUUGUUGUCACGCAAAUAGAUCUUUUCAGCGAUUUUCUGUAUCGCGUAAGCCUUCGCUGGAAGAAAACGUCAUGUUGUUCAGCGAAGCAAGGAAAAUUUUCAGUGAAAAAAGCAAUAUCCCUUCAAAGGAUAUUGAAUUUUCCAGGAAUCCAAAUUGCAACGCGUUGAAAAUACUUUCAGUUAUCAGCGCUAGCCACCACUACGAACGAGCACGCAAAAAGGAGCAAGGAAAAACCGAACCAACUACGACUGCAGUUCCUCAUCAGUCGGAUGGCUCGUGAAGCAAACUGACUGGUGAUCAGUCGUUCUCACUUGUUGCGGCGAGCAAAAAGAUACGGAAAUUAUUCAAUGGGUUUACUUGUCGCAUAAAUCAUUUAAAAUCAAUUAUUUAUUUUGUGGGGUUGGGAAUGUAGGACGUCAUUAUUAUAAUCGAUUUAAUUUUAGUUUAUUAAUGUCAUUUGCACUAUAAUGACGGUAUAAAAACCAAGCAAAUUACCUAUCGGUAAAAAGAAAAAUCAGAGAGUCACAUGCUGCUCAAUCAUUGUUUCUCACUCUCAAUUAUAAAUUUAAUGUCUAAUACUCCCACUUGCUUCUAAGACAUACUAGUCAAUGAAGGAAUUUAGCUACCGUUUUUGAUUGAAGAGCGCCGGUCAAAGAGAAAUAAAUUGCGCUGAUAAAAACUCUUCACUGUUCAAGCACUGCUGAAAGUUCAAUUAGGAACUAUAUAGUGAAAUCCUCCAGGAUCUCUACCAGGGAUUCAAAUGUUUGAUUUGUAAGAAUUCAGUAGUUACCGAGGUAGGUAAUUACUUACAUAUGUAAAUGUUAAAAUUUAUAUAUGAGAUUUUAACUCGAGGCUAGUUUAUUUUCGAAACCCACGGCCUUACUUCCGAAGGAAGAAUCCACUCAGUUACUUUGAAAAAUACUCUGUAAUUUUCACCAGGAAUUCAUGUAGAAGUACCACCAGAAACUCCUUUGAAAGAUUCACUAGGUAUUCGUUUAGAGUCUAGGAGUUUCACCGAGAAUUUCAUUAGGAGUUUAACAGUCAAUCUUUCUAGAUUUCCUCCAGGAAUAUUUACAGGAGUUCCUCCUGGAAUUCUUAAAAGAGUUUCUGCUGAAUAUUCUGUAAAAGUAUAUCCGGAAAUCCAUGAAGUUUCCUCUGGGAAGUUCCACCAGGGGUUCAUCUAGAAAUUUCACCGGAAAUUUCUCUAAGAGUUUCACUACAAAGUCCUGUGAUAGUUUUACUGCUGAUGCCUCGAGAAGUUCGACUGAGAAUUCCUCUAGGGGAUCUAUAUUAAGGUUAUGCAGGAGUUUCACUGAAAUUUCCAUUAUUGGUUCCAUUGUAAAAUUCUCCACCAGCUUCAUUCAGGAUUCCAAUAUUUAACCCUCGAGCAGUCGCGUCUUUGACUACCUGCAGCGACACCGCGCUCACGCUGUGUAUCACAUGCGUGCAUUUUUCAUGGUGCGUAUACUCAGUACACGACGCGACCGCUCCCGGGUUAAUCUUCAAAAAUUCAAUUAUUCCGUAGGAAAUGCUUUUAGAAGGUUUUUUCCGUAGGAAAUGCUUUUAGGAGGUUCACCAAUAAAUCCAUCAUUUUUUUUUAGGAAUUCCACUGGAACUUCCUCUAGAUUUUUACUGAGAAUUCCUCUAGAUUGCACUGUAAAUCGCAAUAGGAAUUUCAAUGUAAAAUACUUCAGGAGCUCCGUCAGGAAUUCUGAUAUUUAAUUUUCAAGAUUUCAGUAGUUAAGUAGAAAAAUCCUUUUGAGAUUCCACCAGGAAUUCCCCUAAGAGUUUCACUGGGAAUACCAUCACGAGGUCUUUCCUCUCGAAGUUCCACUUUUAAAAUGCUACUCGGAACUUUGUCGGAAGUUUCAAGUUGAUUUUAGUAACUUGUUGUGCUAAAGGAUUUUUUUAAACAAUGAGAAAUUUUACAUGGACAUUAAAAUUGAAUUUACCAAAUUAAUUGGUGUGCAAAUGAAAAAAAAUAUGGCGCCCAUCGGAUUCGAACCGUAAGCCGGUGCGUGAGUGCCCUACAUGCUACCCCAUCACCACAAUUGUGAUGAAGUACAAUGCGGGUGAAAUCUGACUUGAAUCGAUGCUUUCUCGAUACAUAGAUUUGUAAACUUGUGCAGUAACGCAGUUAACUCUGCCAUAACAAGUACCAACAGCAGCUCAGCGGUACGGCAGCAGGUUAUCACGCAAAACGACCCGGUUCAAAUCUUCUUCAGGAGUGUAUCAUGUACAGUAACGUUGGCCAUGUUUCACGCAAUACAAGCAAUUAACCAGAGAACAUUUAACACAGGCUGUGGUGGAAUAGUACAAUUUUGUUUUUAAAUUCAAUUUGAGAACGUUCUUUCAGAAGCUGCUAAGAGGGCUAACAAGCUUCCUUGUGUGAACUUUCAAAUUCCAGAAUUACUUAAAAAUUAAACUGCUUAGAAGGCUAAAUAUCAUCUUCCUACUCCACGAACUCUUCUUAGUAUUCCUUCAGGACUCCAUCUGCAAUUUCUUCAGGAAUUAUUAGUAGGGAUUCCUACAGGAAUUUAUUCAAAUAUUCCUCCAUCAAUUAUUCCAGGGAUUCCUCUGGGAAUAGCUGCAGAGAUUCCCUUAAAAAUUCAUCCAGGGAUUCCUUCAGGCCUCUAGAGAUUCUACAGUGUUCAACUCGGGAAUUCCUUCUGGAACAAUUGAUUUUAAAAAUUCCUUGAAAGAUUCUCUCAGAAACUCUUAAAAAAGACACUACAUCGUCUUCAACCAGAGGUUUUACAGACUGCACAAGCUCAAACAUAAGACAACGGACAACACACAUAACACCCAGAGGAGAAUUUUCCGUUUGACUCCGAGUCUUACGAAACGCCUAGAUGACUAACGAGAGAUUAUCUAGCCGCACGGCCAUUAAGCCUUUAGGAAUUCCUCCUUGUAUUCUUUAAGGAACUCCUCCAGGAAUUCAUUCAGUACUUCCUCCAGAAAUUGUUUAGGGAUUCCCUUGAAAUUGUUUACGAGACUCCUUGUGGAGUUUCUUCAGGAACUUUUCUGAGGAUUCUUCCAGAAUUUCCCCACGAAUUCCAUCUGCAAUUUCUUCAGGAAUUCUUCCUGGUAUUCCUCUACGAAUUCCUUGAGAGAUUCAUCCACGAAUUUCUUCAGGAAUUCCUCUGGGAUUUUUCCCCAGGAAUUCCUCUGGGAAAUCCUGCAAGGAUUUCUCUAAAAUUUCCCCCAGGAAUUCAUCUAGAGAUUCCUCCAGGAAUUCCACCAGAUAUUCCUCCAGGGAUUGCUUCAGGGACUCCACUAGAAAUUCCUCCAGGAAUUUCGCAGGAGCUUUUCUAGGAGUUUCUCCUAAGCUUGCUUCAGGAACUCUUUCUAGGAUUCCUCCAGAAAUGCAUGCAGGUAUUCUUCCAUGAUUUCAUUUAGGAAUUUCUCCAGGGUUUCCUCAAUGAAUUCCUCCAGGAAUUAGUCAAGGAAUUCCUUCAAGGAUUCCUCCAGUAAUUUCACCAGAAAUAAAUUGAGGCAUUUCAUCAUAAACUAUGCAGGAAUUCCAUCAUAAAUCAUCCAGGAAAUCCUUCAGGAAUUCUUCCAGGAUUUUCUCUAGGAAUACCUUCUGGAAUUUUUCCAUAGAUUCCUCCGAGAAUUCUUCCAGAUUUUCCUUCAGGAAUUGCUGCAUGGAUUCCACCAGGAAUUGUGCUUAAAAUUCCUCCAGGAACUUCUUCAGGAAGUUUUCCAGUGAUUUCUGCACGAAUUCUUACAAGGAUUCUCCCAGAUAUUCCUUUAGAAAUUCCUGCGAGAAUUUCUCCAGGAAUUGCUCCAGAAAUUUCUGUAGAAAUUUCUCCAGGAAUUUCUUGGGGGAUUUUUUCAGAAAUGUCUUCCAGAAUUCCUCUGGAGAUUCUCCUACAAUUUCAUCCAGUAAUUGUUGCAAGCAUUCCUCUGGAGGAAUCUCUGGAGAUUCCUCCAGAAAUUAUUUCAAGGAAUCCUCCAGCAAUUCCCAAAAGAACACCUCCAGCAAUUCCUCCAGACAUUCCUUCAGGAUUUUAUCCAGGAUUUUCUCCAAGAACUCUUCCAGGAAAUCUCCAGGAAUUAUCCCAAGAAUUUCUGCAGGAAUACCUCCAGCAUUUUUUUAAAGAAUUGAUCCAGGGAUGGUUCCUGAACAUUCUUCAAAAAUUAUUUCAGAAAUUUCUCCAGGAUUCCAAAAAAUCUUCUGGGAUUUUUUUCAGGAAUUCUUCCAGGAAUACCCUCAGGAUUUUUUUAGGGAUUCCAUAAUGCACUUCUCCAGAAAUUUCUCCAGAGAUGUCUUCAUGAAUUGCUUCUGGGAUUCCAUCAGGGGGUUUUCUACGAUGAUUUCUUCAAGAAAUCUUCCAGAAGUUCCUCUAAGGAUUCUUCCAGAGGGUUUUAUGGAUUUCUUCAGAAAGUCUUCCAGGAAAUUCUCCAGGAAUACCUUCAGAAUUUUUUCAGGUAUUCCUCCAGGAAUACCUCUAGAGAUUCCUCCAGGGAUUAAUUCACAAAUUUAUUUCUUGUCUCAUGGAUUCCUUAAGGUGUUCCUUCGAGGAUUUCACCAGGAAUUCCUCCAGAAGUUCCACUAGAAAUUCCUCUAGGAUUUUUUUCAGAAAUUGAUUAAUAAUACAAAUAAACAGAGAAAUCUCCCAGAAUUUCUCUGGAGAUUCCUCCAGGAAUUCCACCAUGGAUUCCUCCAGCAAUUCCCACAGGAAUACCUCAGGAAUUAAUUCAGGAACCCCUCCAGGAAUUGUUCUGGAAAUUCUUCAGAAAUUAUGUCAACAAUUUCUCAGGGAUUUCUCCAGGUAUUUGUUCAGGAAUUUCUCCUGAAAUCAUCAUGAUUCCUUCAGAGAUUUAUCCACGAUUUUCUCCAGGAAUUUUCCAGAGAUUCGUGCAGGAAAUCCUUCGAAGAUUCCACCAAGAAAUCCUCCAAGGAUUCUUCCAGGAAAUCCUCGACAGAUUUCUUCAGAAAUUCUCCAGGAAUACCUUCAAAAACUUUUCUGGGAAUCCUCCAGGAAUUCCCCCAAAGAUUCCUCCAGGGAUUUCUCCACAAAUUUCUUCAAGAAUUCCUCCAGGGAUUUCUUCACGAAUUCCUUCGAGGAUUUCUCCAGGAAUUUUUCCAGAUAUUCUGCUAGUAACUUCUCCAGGAAUAUCUCUGAGAAUGUUUUUCAGAAAUAGAAAAAUAACAGAAAUAGAAAUAAAAAUCUCCCAGAAUGAUCUGGAGAUUCCUCUACUAAUUUAUCCAAUGAUUCUAUCAAGAAGAAUUUCUAGAGACUCCUCCAGGAAUUCCCCCAGAAAUUCCUCCAGGCAUUUCUCCAGGAAUUUAUCCAGGAAUUUCUCCAGAAAAUUCUUCAGGAAUUCCUCUAGAAAAUGCCCCAGGAAUUUCUUCAAGAAUUCCUCCAGCAAUUUCUCCAGGAAUUGCUCUUUCAGAAAUUAUGCCAACAAUUCCUCCAGGAAAUCCUCUAGGGAUUUCUUCAGAUAUUCUUCCAAGAAAUUUUCCAGGAAUACUUUCAAGAAUUUUUCAGGAAUUCCUCCUCACAAUCCUCCAGGAAUUCCUCCAGCGAUUCCACAAGGAGUUGCUUCAGGGAUUCUUCCAGAGAUUCCUCCAGGGAUUUCUCCACGAGUAUCUCCAGAGAUAUUCCCAGAUAUUCCUCCAGGAGUUUUUUUUUAGAAAUUCCUCUAACAAUUCGCGCCAGAAUUACUCUGAUGAUUUCUCUAGGAUUUCCUCUAGAAAUUCUUCCAGGGAUAGUGUAGGAAUUGCUCCAGGGAUUCAUCCAGGUGUUUCUUCAGGGAUUUUUUAGGAAGUCUUCCAGGUAUUGCUCCAGGAAUUCCUCAAGUGAUUUCUUCCGAAAUUCCUCUCAGGUUCUUCUCCAGGAUUACCUGAAGAUUUUCUGGGAUGCUAACAUAAGGCUGAAAUUGCAAAAAUGCAGGAAAUGAGUUAACUUCUUUUUCUUUUUUUUUUCUGGUGUAACGUCCCAACUGAGACAAAGCCUGCUUUCAGCUUCUAUACGCAUUUCAACAGUUAUUAAUUGAGAGCCUUCUCUGCCAAUGACCACUUUGCAUUUGUAUAUCGUUUGACAGGCAGGAAGACACUUUAUGCCCGCGGUUGUCAAGGAAUUUUCCAUUAAAAAAAGUUUCUGGCCCGAGGGAUGAUCGAACUCGUCACCCUCAGCAUGACUACCCGCUCGCUAACCAGAUCGGCUACAUAUAUGAGUCCUAGUCAUAGAAUGUGCUUAGUGAAGAGGCUAAUGAUGCAUACCAACUAAUACAAAAAAUGACUGAUGGUAUUUCAAUCGGAGAUUUUCCUUCUUUGAGCAUGAGCUAUUCUUUCGAGUCAUGCUGUUAUGGAGAUUGGUUGCCAUUACAGCUGCCAACAAUGUGAUCAGAGAUUUUUCCUUCUUUUA